UAUAAUUUUUUAAAUUAUAGAGGAUCUACGUAUAAUUAUACUAAAUAUCGAAAGAGGAGAGCCUAGUUAUUCGGAUAAAUAAUCACAAGAAUAAGGAGGCUGUUCCAUAGUAUUCUUCCUCUCCAAUUUCCCUUGACUAGAGUAACCAGAAAUGGCUGAAGCCAAAAAAUUAGCCAGCCUAGUCUUCAUUCCUUUGCCUGCACUGAGUCACCUGACAGCAGCAGUAAAGAUGGCAAAGCUCCUCGCGGAUCGAGACGAGUGCCUCUCGAUCACAGUCCUCAUCAUGAGGAUGCCAAUGGAAAACAAGAUCAGUUCCUACACCAAGAACUCGCCUGACUCCCGAGUAAACUUCGUGGAACUGCCCCAAAACGAGUCCAUCCUUACAGAGUUGAUGAAAUAUCCCAAGCACUUCGUGGCUCGGUUCGUGGAGAGUCAAAAGGAUCUUGUCAGGGACGCUGUGCUCGAAAUAAUGAAAAGUUCGAGUUCGUGUAAGAUUGCUGGAUUUGUAAUCGACAUGUUCUGCACAUCCAUGAUUGACGUCGCCAACGGGCUUGGCAUCCCCACUUACGUUUUCGUCUCUUCUGGUUCGGCAGCGCUGGGCCUGAUGCUCCAUCUCCAGAGUCUUAGAGAUGACAAUAAUCUGGAUCUGACGGAGUACAAGAAUUCAGAUGCUGAGAUAUCUGUACCAACACAUUGUAAACCUGUUCCUGCUAAAGUAUGGCCUUCAUCAGUGUUUGAUAAGGAAAGUGAUCUCCUCGAUUUUGUCAAAAGGUACAGAGAGACGGCAGGAAUUAUUGUGAACACCUUUCUUGACUUGGAAUCCCACCAAAUUAGGUCACUCUCCAACACUGAGAAAAUCCCACCAAUUUACCCCGUGGGACCAAUACUUCAAUUUGGGGAAGACCAAACUGAUCAGGAAAAGCAAAGCCACAGGACAAUCUUCGAGUGGCUUGACAGGCAACCUCUUUCAUCUGUUGUGUUUCUUUGCUUUGGUAGCAAGGGAUGCUUCAAUGAGGAUCAGGUGAAGGAGAUUGCUGUGGCCCUAGAAAAUAGUGGACAUCGGUUUUUGUGGUCCCUGAGGAAGCCACCUUCGAAAGAAAAGAUUGAGUCUCCAGGGGAGUAUGAAAAUCCUGAAGAUGUGUUACCACGGGGAUUCCUUGAACGAACUGCGGAGAUUGGGAAGGUGAUUGGGUGGGCGCCUCAAAUGGAAGUUUUAUCUCACCCUGCAGUAGGAGGAUUUGUGUCGCACUGUGGAUGGAACUCAACAUUGGAAAGUGUGUGGUGCGGGGUACCAAUGGCCGUGUGGCCUUUGUUUGCAGAGCAACAGGCCAAUGCGUUUCUGCUGGUGAAGGAGUUUGAAAUGGCAGUUGAGAUUAAGAUGGACUAUAAUGCGGACAGUAAUGUGAUUGUCGGCGCAGAGACGAUAGAGAAGGCAAUCAAGCAGCUGAUGAACCCAGAGAAUGAGAUCCGAGUUAAGAUGAAAGCACUGAAAGAGAAGAGCAGAAUGGCCCUGAUGGAAGGUGGGUCGUCGUACAAUUACUUGAAAUGUUUUGUUGAGAAUGUCAUGAAAAACAUUUCUUAAUAUGAUACUUGUACUAGCUUUAAAUAUUGUUAUAAAUUAUUUGAAUCGAGUCGAACGUAUUAUUGUUUGAGUUUAAUUUGAAUUAUUAUCGAAUUUUAAGAUUUAAGUUUGAA